AUGGAAAACCCUAAAAGCAUCGAGUACGUGGAUUUGAACCCCGUGCGCGACAUCUUCAACUGGACAAUGACGUACCGGUCAGACUCGGACGUCUACGUGCCCUAUGGCCGGACCGUGGACCAUGGCACCAAGCCCGCGGCCACGAAGAGGGACAUGAAAGCCCUGUGGAAGACAAAGAGCAGAACCGCCGUAUGGCUGAUUAGCGACUGCCUGAGUUACAGCGGACGGAAGAACUUCAGUCGAGAACUCCAGCAGUACAUGGACGUCGACGUUUAUGGUAAAUGCGGUCCGCGCGACUUUCCGAAGACCGGAGUUAACGCCUCCUAUGAACACUUCGAGCGCAAUUACCAUUUCAUACUUACUUUCGAGGACUCUAUAUGCGCGGAAUACGUAACCGAGAAACUGUUCACUGCUCUCAAGUACGACAUCGUGCCUGUGGUGUUUGGCGGUGCAAACUACAGCCGGAUCGCACCGCGCCACUUUUACAUCGACGCCUUUGCUUUCGAAUCUUUUGAGAAGCUUGCCGAGUACCUUGUCGCAUUAUCACGAAACUACACGGAGUAUGUCGCGUAUUUCAAAUGGAAAGAAAGCCAUAGUGUUGAGCCGUUGAAAUCGGGUUAUUGCGAGCUUUGCACAAAGUUGCAUAGCGAUCCCACAGUGCGACGAAGUUCAUCCUACCAAGACAUCAAAGCGUGGUGGCUGGAGCAAAAACGCUGCCGUUUGUGA